AUGGCAUACUUUCCACUCGUCAUGGCCGGUUGGCUAGUGCAUAGCAUUUCAUGCUUUUAUCUUAUUCGUACGAUUCGUCAUGCUCUGAUUCGAACCAUUUUGACACUAGCACCUUGCAUACUACUUACUCAUAUUGGUUGUCAAGAUCUUACUAAGAUUCAUUUCUUUUCUAUCCUUACAGUCUCACUCUAUUGGAUGAUGUCAAUUCGUUUGAUUCACUUGACUGUUCUUUCACCAAAUAAACUUAUGACAUUUCAUUCAUUUGUCUUUCAAAUUCUAUGGAAUAUAUUUCCGAUCGUAUCAUCUAAAUCGAUCGAAAACCAGUGGCCCAUUAUUGUUGAUUUUAUAUCGGUUAUCAUGAAAGUAACAGUAAAUCAUUGGCUAUAUGAAUGGUUACUUUCCUGUGAACCCAAUGAUAGCUAUGCAAGAAUCAGUAUGUUUUAUUUCGCACUUUUGACAACUUCAUAUAUGACCGACAUGCAAACUGGCUUUAUUCGACUCAUUACUCGAGAUGAAUAUACACUUGAACCGUUCACCAAUUUUCCAUUAUUCUCUCGAUCAUUGCGUGACUUUUGGGGUCGACGAUAUAAUCGACUAGUCGGUACUGUGCUAAAAGAAUCCCUCUUUCAACCUCUUAAUUUAUAUAUAUCUUCACGGGAGAUCAUGACUCUAAUAACGUUUAUUGUCAGCGGUCUUCUUCAUGUUCACAUUGUUAUUGUCGUAUUCAAUGAUGUUUCGUCAGCUUUAUCAACAUUUGCAUUUUUUAUUGUAAAUGGUAUUGCUUGCGGCAUAGAAGCGUAUAUGAAGAUUCAAUUACCGCAACCUCUCGGAUCAUUGGUCACACAUCUCUUCCUUCUGCUAACAGCGCCAAUGUGUAUCGGAAUCUACACACGAGAAGCUGCAUAUUUUCCUGUGAAUGUUCCACCAUUAUAUGACAACAAAUGGAUUCCAAAAUUUUCUAUACCAAGUGUUUGUCCCAAAUGA